GUUGUCUGUUGAUUCCUGUGGCAGGCAUAACGUGUAUGAGUGUAGUGCGUUUGCUGAAAUUGGAUCAACCUGGUGGCUGGAAGACCCCCUUCAACCCCAAAGGUGGUGGCUGCGGAGCGGCAAUGCGGGCCAUGUGUAUCGGACUGCGGUAUCCCCACCCGCAUCAGCUGGAGGAUCUGAUCGCUGUGUCCGUGGAGAGUGGACGGAUGUCCCAUCACCACCCCACCGGCUACCUGGGUGCGCUGGCGGCUGCCUUGUUCACCGCAUAUGCAGUGAACGGCAAGCCCACGGUGAGCUGGGGUAAAGAUCUGAUGGAGGUACUGGAACAAGCAAAGAGCUACGUGCAAAAGAGCCAGCACUAUGCAGAAGAAAACCUGGCUGCCUGGUCCUACUUUGAAAACCAAUGGAAGAGCUACCUGCAGAAGCGAGGCAUAGCGGACGGAGUGUCCAAGCCGAUAUUUCCCAAGGAUUAUGGCGUGGCCGAGCGAGAUACGUUCUACGCGUCUGUCAGCUACGCCGGCUGGGGUGGUGCGAGCGGGCAUGAUGCCCCCAUGAUAGCCUACGAUGCCAUCCUGGGCUCGGGCGCCUCGUGGGAGGAGCUUUGCAUAAGGGGCGUUUUCCACGGAGGGGAUAACGACUCUACCGGUGCCAUCGCUGCCGCCUGGUGGGGAGCCAUGUAUGGCUUUCACGGCGUCCCCACAUCCAACCACAAAGGUGUGGAGUAUCAGAGCAGAUUGGAGACUGUGGCAAAGAAGUUGUUCGACUUAAGCCAUCCAAGUUCCCCAUCAGAAGCAAAGAGUGAUUUGUAAACUCCACCACUCUUCAACCUUGCACCUGUCCUCUGCUUGAGCUAGUAAUGAUUACAUAUUAAAAAGGUCUCUUGGGUA